GUCAUAUCAACAUGGCUCAAUGCUCUCUUCUCCACGAUGUGCUCAUUAUUGGAGCUGGGCCAUGUGGUUUGGCCGUUUCAGCACGACUUUGUGAGCGAACGCCCUCGGCAAUCUUUACAGACACGGAACACCAGCGAUACCAUUGGAUAAGAAACCAUGGAGAUCGCGUUUUCAUCAAAGACAAGCGGACUGGUCAGACAAAGACACCAAACAGGCCCGAGAGUUGUCGUAACUAUUCUACUCUUGUCCUCGACGGCACCAACAAGGACUGGAUGGCACGGUGGAAUCAUCUGUUCAAGACGUUCGAGAUCUCACACUUGAGAAGUCCUCUCUUCUUCCACGUCGAUCCCCAGGAUCGAGAUGGGCUACUGUCCUAUACGUAUGAACAAGGAAGAGACAAUGAGCUCGUUGAAAUUCCGGAAUGCGUGGGCAAAGAGAUUAGCAAGCACAAAAAGAAGCAGAGGCUCAAGUGCCAGACCCAUGGACCACCAGUUACAAUCGAUGAGCGGGACCGCAAAGACUACUUUACGCCCUCCUGCUCCCUCUUCCAGGACUAUUGCGAGUGCGUAAUUGACCGGUAUGGACUCAGGAACAAUCUCAUACAGAAAGAGCGAGUUGAAGACAUCGAUUUUAGCAUUGUUCCAGAGGUCUCCGAAACCGAGCAAGUAUUCACGGUACGUUCUGAUCAAGGCACGCACCAUGCCCGCAGUGUUAUACUUGCAGUUGGACCAGGAAAUGUACCAUCUAUUCCAGCGGGCCUAGGCAGGGUUGAAGAGGGAUGCUGCCAUGCCAUGCAGAUUCGAGAGUUUCCAGAUCCUUCGGUUAGAGCCAAGUUGCAACAGAAGAAAGAUGUAAACAUAGUGGUCGUGGGUGGUGGCCUGACUUCUGCUCAAUUGACUGUAAUGGCAAGCAAGCACGGAGCAAGAAAGGUGUUUCAUCUGCUGCUCAAGCAGUAUGUAACUGCCGGCAAGAUUGCCCUACACACUGAAACGACAAUUGCUUCGUCCACCUUCUCCAACGGAUCAUGGUCCCUGACCACAAGUCCACCUCUCAACCUACCAAAAAUUGACUAUAUCUAUUUUGCCACGGGUAUUGCUAGUGACUUCAGAAGCUUGACCUUCCUGGAAACCAUCAAUCGCAAGUUUCCUGUUGACUCAUACGGCGGACUUCCUGCCUUGACAGAUGAUUUGAUGUGGAAGGAAAAUGUUCCACUCUUUGUGACAGGACGACUGGCAGCGUUGCGGUUAGGUCCAGGGGCGGGAAAUCUUGCAGGAGCACGCAGUGGUGCAGAGAGGAUAGCUUGGGCUAUCGAGGAUGUUCUGCCGAGGGAACAAGAUCGAAAAGAGGAUGACGAUAAGAUAUACAACUUCAAGGCCGGUACAGGGAGUCAGUUUUGCAGUCUAGAUUGCGAGGCAUGUAUC